AUGGCCCGUACUCAGACGUGCACACCGUCUGCUCGGAAGCGGCCGGCUGCUAAAGAGGUUGCCAAGCCACACAGGGUGCGUGGCACUCCCACCAGGGCCUCACCGUCGGGCCCGGCAUCUAAGAGGCUCAGAGCCGACGAAACUAGUCAAGGCCGAGCUUCCAAACGAUCGUACCGCGAGGCCAUGUCUCGUGGUCCCCAGGAUUCAGCAUCAAAUUCUCCCAGCGAGGAUGCGGAGACGCCCUCGGGAGUCCCGCACAGGACCUUGUCGAGGCAACGUCCCGGAGGCUCUGAGCUGGGUGGAACUUUCAGCUUCUUCAUGAAGCGGGCACAGCAGAUGGAAGGUUCAGAAGCAUCGGAAGGCUUUCAUGCCCCCUUUGGUCUCGGUUCCUCCUCGUCCUCACAGUUCUCGCCCCUGCUGCGGGAUUUGAAGAGUGAGGACGGGCAGAAGCAGCUCCUGGCCCUCACCGAGCUGGCAGAGCAACUGAGCUUCAGUUCCGAGGAAGCCCUGAUCUCCUUUCCGAUGGAGACCUUCAUUCCCCUGCUGAUCAAUUUGCUUGGAAACCCCGGCAAUGGUGAUGAGACAACGGCGCAGGUCAUGCUGCUGGCCUGCCGCUGCCUCUUCAACGUCGUUGACAUUCUGCCUCCAACAGCAAGGAUCAUUGUUGGCCACGGGGGUCUCUCCGUGCUCUGUGCAAAUCUGCUGAACAUUGAGUACAUAGACGUCGCGGAGCUCACUGUUUCCAUCAUCGAGCUCAUCUCUGAGGAUCAGCCGCUGCAAGUGCUGAAAGCCGGCGGCCUCGAGGCCAUCCUCUCCUUCCUGGACUUCUUCCAGAUCUCUGUGCAGCGGCAGGCUGCGAAUGCUGCUGCUGCAAUGUUGCGCGCAGUACCUCCGCCGGAUGUGUUUAACCAGCAAGUGAAGCCUGCUCUGCCGACUCUCGCACAAUUGCUGCAACAUUCAGAUCCACAGGUUCUGUACUCCAUUUGUGAGGGGUGGCGUCGAGUCAUUGAUGGCUGCAUAGCCGCGCACGAGCAACCCAAGCAGCAGGAUGCCUCAUCAGUGUCAGGUGCCAGUGCAUCGCUCGUCUCGCGCUUCGCGGCCCAAGCGCGGCUGCGCUUCGGCUCCGAGGGCACCAAGAGGGAUGCUGCCGAGGAAGAUGAGGAAGACGAGGACGAAGAAGAUGAGGAGGAUGUCCUGCCUCCCCCGUCGCCUGUUGUGCAACCAAUUUCGACCGAAUCCCUUGCCGCGAGUUUGCAGGACAUGAUUCCCAGCAGCGUGCUGAGCAACUUGCUGCUGCUGCUGGGGAACGGCAUCUCUUCCACGCCGCAGACAUCUGUAGUCGUGGCUGAGGUGCUCUACAUCCUCUCAGUCCUGACAAACUAUUCGCACAACUUCACAGAGGAGGUCUUGAAACAGGAUAUCUGUGGCCUACUGGGAAUGAUGGUGUUAGGCAUGGACUUGGUCGGAACGGGCGUGGGCUCUGCUCAGGGCAGCUCGCUGUUGAUUCGGGUACUGGCGCUGGUGGCCUCAGUCAUGCCGUCCGUCCUCCUGACGGAGUCCGGCUGCGUGUGCGAGGAUCGUCGGCUGAUGGUCUUUCGGCAACAUCCCGAAUUUCUGGAUGCCUUGAGCAAGACCUUCCUUCCAAUGUUGAUCGACAUCUGCCAGGCUUCGAUGGAUCCGUCUGUGCAGUCGGUAUGCAUCUCCCUGCUUCUCACCUUUGCUCUAGCCAGUCAGGAGAGGCCCGAGCUGCAGAAGAACCUGGAGCCGGUUCAGCUGGCGAGCUUCCUCGCCAGCUUGCUUCUAACGGAACCAUCGACCUCCGUGACGCUCUCCUGCCUGUUGAUCGGCGAGCAGACCCUGCGGCACCACUACGACGUCUACGCGCUGCACUUCAUUCGGCAGGGUGUUCGCCAUGCCAUCAGCAAUCAGGCAUCUGUCGACUCCGAACAGUCCACUCAGGAGCCCACAGAGGCCACAGCCGCGGAGGCUGCGGGCGCGGCGUCUGCCGCAGCACCAUCCGUAGGAAAGUUGCUGCGCAGGCUUUGCAAGGAGGUGGCACAGCGUACGCUUCAGAAUCACUUCGAUUCACGGACUGCCAUUGAGAUGGUGGUUCUAGAUCGACUCAAGGAGGUUGCUCAGCAACUGGAGUCGCAGACCUCCGCAGCACAGGCUUUGGAGCAGCUGCGCAGUCUGCUCCUGGCCGAAGAGAGCGUGACGGCGUUUGAGCUAACGUGCAGUGGAGUCUCGAGCGCAUUGUCCGCUUACCUCUUCCCUGAUUGUGAUGAUGCUGAUGUCUUCAAGGAGCGGCUGAGGCUCUUCCUGGAGCACAUUGUCACGCCACCGGGAGGCGCCUUGCAGAAGUUGGUGAAGCUCUGCGUUUCCGUGCUUCAACGAGUUGAGCAGGGCCCGCUGAACCUCUUUCCGACGCAGGCAUCUCCUGCCAUGUAUCUGCCCCAGCACCUGCUACUCGCAACUUCUCAGGCGGCGGAUGCUCGGAGUCGUCGAAACGUGGAUACGCUGGACAGCUUGAGACUGUCCAGCUCCCGAUCUGGGAUAGGCUCCAUGUCGUCACCGCUUCUGUCCGUGCUUCGGCUGUUGGCGAAGCCGGUCAAGAUUCGGAUGAGCCCGCGCGGCUCCAGCUCCGGUGUGUCGCCGCUGAGUGCGUCGCUGCCCAACUUCAAGUCCUUGCUGGUGCCCUUCGGAGGCCUCUCGGAAGGUGGAGCCGAGGGCAGAAACAAGGCCGUAGCGAAAGCGAGCGCGCUCAUUGGUGGAGCGCCUGGCAGAGUGCCAGCUGGCCCGCGAUCGGGGCCCGGUGUGGGCGUAUCUGCGGCAUCCCCGGCAGCACGCUUGCGGAACUACUUGGCCUCGAAGGUUACUCGCAAACGCGGCGGUGGCGUCGUCGGUGGUGGAGUCUUUCGCUCUGAAGCGAAGUCCGGAGGUCCGGGAGGUGAGACUGCCGAGGACGGAGGCCCCGUCGCUCGGGCCUCCACAGGUGAGGGAUCGGGCAGCCGAUCCGCCCGAGAGCGCGAGUUCGAGGCGCUGGAGACCGUGCUGCUCGUGGAGCCCUUUGCCCAGGUCUCAGCUCUGGAGGACUACAUAUGGGACAGGCAUGGAUCAGGCAAGCCUGCAGCUGCCGAAGGUGCGGAGACCAGCACAACCAGCGAGCCAGCAGCACGAGUGCGACUGACGACCAAGCAGCCACCUCCUGGACAAGCAACAUCCAGAGCAAGAGCCAAGGGAGGCGAGCUUGGAGAUGCUGGCAAAUCUGCCGUGGAGCCUGGCGCAGCGUCACCGCCCGCAGUGCCUUUGGAUGCACCCGCGGCGCCUCCUCCUCUGGGCCAAAGCUCCUCCCAGGGAGGCGACACGCCCUCUUCGAAUGCUCAGGCACCCGCUUCAACAGAGCGACGAAAGCAGACAGUUCGCAUCUUUUACAAUGGCCACCAGCUCACUGCCAAAGAAAGUGUGGUGCAGGUGCUGGUCAACAACCCCAAAAAGGCAUCGCCCGUCCUUGAGGAGCUGGGCAAGACAGCACGUCGAAGACAGUCAAGGCGCUCUGUCGGCGGCCGCUUCUUGGCCUCCAUGGAGGAAAGCUCGGGCUCAGACGGCGAAGGUUCGCCUGGCAAAGCCAGUGCUUCUCGACACUUCUUUUGUGGCUCCAUUUGGGGCAAAGUGCACCACAUGACCUUCGAGCUGGUGCCAGAUCCAACAUCACCACGUGAUGGGGGCGAGGCCUCGAAACCAGAGGAGCUGCAAGUGGAUCCGCCCGUGAUGAUUGUCCCGAACGAGAUGGACUGCCUAGUGCAAUGCCAUACUCGCGUGGCCUCGAGCGUGGCCGGAAUCUGUGAUGCAGGUGACGGAGCGAACCAAGCGCCGAGCUUUGCACAGGAGACGGAGACCGUCACAAUGCUGCAGCUGCUCUCUGCCUUUCACAACAUCAGCCUCUACGAUGCUACGACUUCGGGUGUCCAAACGGGAUCGGUGUCUGAGGAUUUCCACUGCAACACUCUCACGUCAGCUUUGCUGCGUCAGCUCUCCGAUCCCCUGGCUGUUUGCACAGGUUCUGUGCCAGCUUGGUGCGCGAAGCUGGCAGGAGCCUGCCGAUUCCUCUUCCCUUACUCCGUGCGGAGGAUCCUGCACCAUAGCUGCAAUCUUGGCCUCGGCCGAGCCCUGCAUCACGUGCAGCAGCGAGCGGUGGCCCAGCACGCACACAACCAGGAGACACACCGGCGGCUAGAAAGCGAGGUGAGCGUUGCUAGUGUGCCCCGCCAGAAGGUGCGGAUCUCUCGGCAAAGGCUCCUGGACAGUGCCGUCAAAGUCAUGAACCUGUAUUCUGCCGGGAACGCCCUGUUGGAGAUCGAGUAUGCCGGGGAGGUGGGCACCGGCUCGGGCCCGACAUUGGAGUUCUACGCUCUUGUGGCCGAGAAUUUGAGGACUCUACAGCCGCAGCUCUUCCGAGCUAGUACACCUGGGGGCAUGCUGUACCCGCAGCCUUAUGACCCUCACUGGCUUCGCAGAGCUGACGAGCAGGGCUCUCAACAGAUCCUGGAGCGCUUCAGGCUGUUGGGCCAGGUUGUGGCAAAAUGCAUCAUCGACAAUCGGCUCGUGGACAUCCAGCUGCAUCCUGCAUUCUGGCGGUCUGUGCUGGGAAGUGCGCCCCUGUCGCAGCAAUGGCUGCGGUCCGUUGAUCCGGAGUUGCAUUCUUCGCUGGAGAACAUUCGCGACAUGGAUGCUGACAAGCUCGAGGGGCUGUGCAUCGACUUCACCAUGCCAGGCCACCCCAGCAUCGAGCUCAAGCCAGGAGGAGCUGGAUACAGUCUGAACGGCUCCAAUCGCGAGGAAUACCUUCGCCGUGUUGCGGAGGUGGCACUGGUCGAGGCUGUCGCGCCUCAGAUCAACGCCUUCCGAACAGCUUUCAAGGAGCUUCUCCCCUUGGAGACGUGCCGCAUCUGGUCCGAACAGGAGCUCUCCUUCAUCAUCGUCGGCUCGUCUGUUCAGGACGAUGCGUUCUGGUGCCUGGACCAUCUUGCAGCGAACAUCAAGGCACAUCACGGCUACACAACCGACUCAAGGUGCUUUAAAGACUUGAUGAACUUCCUUUCCGAGUUGUCAGCUGAAAACAGGCGAAACUUCCUAAUGUUUGCAACCGGUGCACCCACGCUGCCCAUCGGCGGCUUCGGUGGCCUGAAGCCGCCCUUGACUGUUGUCAAGAAGGAAGCGCCAUCUGCUCCACUCACGGCAGACGACUUCAUGCCCUCGGUCAUGACGUGUGCAAACUACCUGAAGCUGCCUGAGUACAGCUCAGCUGAGAUGCUGAAGCAAAAGCUACAGCUGGCCAUGCGGGAGGGGCAGUGUGCCUUCCUGCUCUCCUAG